AUGAACGUGCCCCUCAUCUGCGACUAUGGCUCCGGCUUCAGCAAGGUGGGCUACUCGGGGAUGGAAACGCCCCUGGCCGUGUUCCCGACCAUCCUGGGGAAACUGCGGCACGACGGUCUGCUGGUCGGCCUGGAGGAGAAGGACUGGUUCCUGGGGAGCGAGGCGCAGAGCCGACUGGGGGAGCUCAACCUGCUGCGCCCCAUCUGCCGGGCCAGCAUCACCAACUGGGACCACAUGGAGAAGAUCUGGCAUCACACCUUCUACCGGGUGCUGUGCACGGCCCCGGAGCAGCACCCUCUGCUGCUCACUGAACCGCCCUCCGUUGCCCCGUCCGUCAAAGAGAAAGUGUCAGAGAUCCUGUUCGAGACCUUCAACGUGCCUGCCCUGUAUCUGGCCAACCAAGGGGUCCUUUCUCUCUACGCCUCCGGCCUGACCUGGGGAACCACCAUCGAGUCCGGAGAAGGGAUGACGCACUUCGUGCCCAUCACCGAAGGCUGUCCUCUUCACCAGUCGACCAUGAAGAUGGACGUAGCCGGCCAAGACAUAACCCUGUACCUGAUGCAGCUGCUGUCGGCCCAGGGGAGCUCGCUGAUAGGCACAGCCCUCAGCGUGCAGCUGAGGCUUCUUGACCAUCAUCCAAGUUCCAACAAUGACCCAUCGGUGUGUACGGACGCCCAGUUGUGGAUGACGGCGGUGAGGGUGACGACGACGGUGAUGGUGAUCAUGGUGGUGGUGGUGGUAAUGACAGUGGUGAUGGUGACGAUAGUGACGGUGGUGGUGCUGAAACAAUGA